AUGGAAUGGUUAGUUAUAACUAAUGAGACAUUCCUCCGCUUUCAGGCGAAAGUGAAGAUAAAAAAAAAGAAUCGACCGUUCAAGUAUUCCAAAUUGAAUGGCAAAAUGGCAGGAAGAGAGACAUAUAGAUGGGGUAUAUAUCCAUCUAUAUUGAAUUGCGGAUUCCGAAAUGAUAAAAUCAUUUUUGAUUGGACAAAAAAAGGUCUCCUAUAG